GCGGUAAAAGAACGAAUUAAUCGCGCGUUGAAUCAGACUAUGUAUUUGAUUAACAAGAAGGAGAUUGACCGUUUGACGCAAGAAUUUAUACUUUUGGGCACAACUGGCAAUGUUUAUACGGUUGUUAUCACAACACGUCCUUCGUGCACUUGCCCUGACUUCCUAAAAGGAUUCCAGUGCAAGCACAUUUUAUUCAUAUUUUUAAGGGUGUUAAAGGUCAAGAAGAAAAAUCCGGUCAUUUUCCAAAAAGCGCUUUUGACAUCCGAAUUGAGAAAUAUCUUUUCGCAUGCUUCUCCCGAUAGACAUAUUAUAGUAAUAAAAUUCCUUAAUUCAUUUACUCAUUCAUCACGCAUAUCACUUGUUCGCGGGCCUAGAGGCAUUUGCACCAAAGGACAUGCAUGGGAUCUCUGCUCACUGACGUUAGGCAUUAUAUCAAACAAAUUUGUGAGAUCCUGUAGUUUAAAGCAAUUUUUGCAGCUUGUGAAAAAUGUCUCUAUUGUGGAAGCAAUUUCAUAUUCCGUUGUUAAAAUUGCGUUAUUAUCAAAAAUAAUCCUGACACAACACCGUGUAACCACAUGA